AUGGCUGAUGAAAUUGCAUCAGCAAUGGAGCAGGAAAUGGUGGAAGAACAGGCUAUAAAGUGCCCAAGGCCUUCAGCAAAGAGGCAAAGGAAAGGAUCUCCUGACGCCCGAGAAGAAACAGAUAAAGAACGUGUAGACGAUAGUCUUCUGCAAGAUGCACGUAGAAUCAAAGAAAACAUCAGGGUCUACAUGAACGCAACAGACAGGAACGUGAGUGCGAAGGUACAAAAGCACGUUAAUGGGAAAAUUCAGCAGUUAAUAGAUAUAAUGGAGACAAUAUAUGAUAAGAACUAUGAAAAAACGUUUUUAGUACAACGUGUGGUAAAGGACACAUUAGCUUCCUCUGAAAUGUAUGAUAUCAUAGUAAAUGCAUUAGUGGAAAAAGCAGUACCUAUGGUUAUCGAGGGACUCAAGUCGGAAAGUAAAACCAUACAAAGACCACUGUCAGAACCUCAGACAUCUCGGGAGUUUCCAUGCGUUAUAGAACAACCGCUAUUAGCCGAUGCCCACGCUAUUAUUGAGACCACGGAGAAUGAAAGUUUCCAGGAAUGGGGCUCGAGGCUAGAAGAGGUUGGCCAAGGGCUGGCACCGCCAGGAGCCACCAUUCUGCACGCCCCAGUUGGACCCCCUUCGCCUUUCACCAUCACGCGUACACACACUCUCUGA